AUGAUCGGGGCCUUUCUGCCUUAUGUAAAGAAAAUACGAAGAUCCUAUCAAUCUAAUGAUUUGGUCGAUCGAUUAAAUUAUCAAUAUACCGCUUUAUUAGUAGCCAUUGGGGCGAUUACAUUAGCAGCAACGCAGUAUGUGGGCAAGCCAAUCCAAUGUUGGGUACCUGCUCAAUUCACUGGUGCUUGGGAGAAAUACGCUGAAACUUAUUGUUUCAUCAAGGGAAGUUACUUCCUACCAGAUGAUCAAAAUCCUGAGCAAUACUUCUUGAGUGAAGAGAAGAAGGAAAUAGGAUACUAUCAAUGGGUUCCAUUAAUGUUGGGAUUCCAAGCUUUCCUUUUCUAUUUACCUUGCCUGCUGUGGAAGGCUUUCACCUCAUCGUCUGGAAUCAAUGUUAAGGACGUUUUAGAAUCAUCAGCUAAGGUGAAAAAGAAUGUAUCUCAAAAGGAUAGAGAAAAUCAGGUAGCUAAGGCAGCUGCUCAUCUUCAAGAAGCUCUUGAACUUCAACGUGAAUUGAAAGUUGAAGCUGGAUUUAUUUCAAAAAUGAGAAAGUGCGGAUUCUUCCUCUCCUUCUUGUAUUUGGCUUCCAAAGUUUUGUACAUUGUGAACAUUGGUGUCCAGUUCCUCAUUUUCUCCACUUUCCUCGGAACUUCUUCUACUUUCUGGGGAUGGGAAAUCUUCAGUGACCUUAUGGAUGGACGUUCAUGGCAAGAAACCGGACACUUCCCACGUGUUACUAUGUGCGACUUCCACGUUCGUGUACUUGGAGCAAUUCAUCGAUGGACAGUACAAUGCGUCCUCAUGAUCAAUAUGUUCACUGAAAAAAUUUAUGUCUUUUUAUGGUUCUGGUUUAUUCUCGUUGGAGUUUUAACUAUGAUCUCAUUUGCUUAUUGGUUCGUAGCUCUCAUUUACCGCGGAUUCCAAACUGAAUUUGUCUCCAAAUACCUUCGUUGCAUGGGAGCUAUUAGUGAGGAACCCUCUGCCGUAGAAGAACAGAAGGUGAACGGAUUUGUGCGCAAUUUCCUCACACCAGACGGUGUUUUCUUACUUCGUCUCAUUCAGACAAACGGUGGAGAUAUGUUAGCGGGAGAAAUAGCUACUGCCUUGUAUAAUAAUUAUAAUAAAAGAUACGAAACGAAGGCAGAUGAAUCGUUUGGUGAUAGUCCAGAUACAACGGCUACUUUGCCCCGAUGA